GGCUUCGUGGUGAGGAGGGGUAGUAUUUCAGCAGUAGUAGCGAGUGGUUCUACAAGGAGAAAUUCCAGUGAAGGCUGAUUAGAAGGAGUUAUUGUGGAAGGUUAAGUUGUUAUCUUUUCAGAGUCACAAUGUCUGACAGGAAAGCUGUGAUAAAGAAUGCAGACAUGUCUGAAGACAUGCAGCAGGAUGCCGUGGAUUGUGCCACACAAGCUAUGGAAAAAUACAAUAUUGAAAAAGAUAUUGCUGCAUACAUUAAGAAGGAGUUUGAUAAAAAAUAUAACCCAACAUGGCACUGCAUUGUUGGCAGGAAUUUUGGCAGUUACGUCACACAUGAAACUAAACACUUCAUCUAUUUUUACCUUGGACAAGUGGCUAUACUUCUCUUCAAAUCGGGCUAAAGAACAAAAGAUGAGAAACUGGACUGUUAAAAAAAAAAUGCACUGGCUUGAGCAGGGUUCCCUCUCAGAAUGGCUGUACAGCUGCAUGGACUGUAUAUUGUACCUAAUGUGUAUGUUGCAGUAAAUUUAUUUUUGUUAAAGUGCCGAGGAGAAGGCCUUUUUUGUUAUGCUUUUUUUCUCUAUUGCACUGAUUUCUUAGAAGUGAAAAGUUGGCCUUUUAAGUAAGACAUUGAAAAAUGGGAACAUGAAGUAAAAGCACUGGAACAUUUUUUUUCUGAAACUAUUACAGUGGAACCAAGUCUGUUUUCUUAGCUUUAAAUGUGGUGCUGCUUUAGCAGACAUUUUUUAAAAACUUGACUAUACCAGAGCUUGUAAAGUAGCACUUGGAUUGUGGGAGGAAGAAAACCUGCAUUCGGAAGGAUUUUUAAAUCUUUUUUGUUCAGUAACUUGGUCUUUUGAAACUUUCUGGGUUGCACUGUCUUCUAGUGUGGUAUAUGGGGACAUAAGGCUUGCUUGUUUUUCUUUUGGCACUUUGUCAUAAUAUGACAGACUUGGUCCUGCCAGCGUAUACUGUACAGCAAAGAUGUAACUUGUGACUUUGGAACUCUCAGCCUAGUUGCCAGUACACAGAUGGUAAUCAUUGGUUGUAAACUAUCUGCUGCUGUUGUACCUUGCUUGUCUCACAUUGUUCACUUUUUUUUAGGUGGGUUUAAUUUCAGGAUUUGCUCUUGAAAGCUUCAGUAAAUUUAAAGUUUUGCAUUGAGCCUGAAAAGCUUGUGCCAGUUUUAGGUUAAUAAGUGGAAACUGAAAGCCACUCCAUUUACUUAAGAUAAAGAAUUAUCCAAUUUUCUUGGCCCUUGCAUUAGUCCUAUGCUUCAAGUGUAGGGAGAUGGCAGUGCACUCGUGUUAGGUUAGGAAGAGGUGCUUUAAGGCAACCCAGUUUAUAAAUGUCUGGGUUGGUGCAAGUGCUAAUUGCUAUUCCAGUUUUUAAAUAUUCUUUCUAGUAACAAGUACUACCUUCUAAUUGGACUAGAAGUAAAAAUGGUGGAGGCAGCUUGUUUCAGCUGUUUCUGCAUAUAUAAAGCAUUAUUUUGCUAUCCUGACUAGUCUCAAUGCAGACUGUCUAAAGCAUUUUUGCUGCUUUUUGGCUCAUGUCACUGCCUGUCUGUGUAAAAUCAUGCCUUUGUUUUUAAGAUCAGUUAAGUGGCAUAGUAAGGUCAGAUUGAUGUGGGCUUGUACUUCUGAGCAAAGUAGUGGAGCUUGAAUUUAGUACUGGCUGUUAACAGCAAGCCAUAAUGGGGGGGGGGGGGUUACACAUGAAGCGGAGCCUGGUAAGUUUAAAUCUUCAGUAGACUGUAUCCAUCUGACUUGAAUAUUUGUUUUCUUUAAUUUCCAGAUGGCUUGGCAUUAUGCAGUCUUGAACUGUAUGGUUUAAAUUGUUACUCUGACAAGGGUAUAUGCUUUGAACUAACUGUAUAUGGUUAAUUUGGUUCUAAAUACACGGGUGCUUUAUCAGAAAAAAGGCAUUCGAAAUGAAUUGUAUACAAGCUAAUAAAAUGGAAGUCUGUAUUUAAA